AUGAGUCCCUCCGCCAUCCCACGGAGGAAAUAUCGAAGGCCUGAGCUGAGUGGAGCAGAUCUUAGACAAGCUCUCGGUUCUGGCUCACACCUGGAGGCCAUCACAGCUCGCUGCGAGACGUCCUAUUGUCACCAGGGCGCCUGUCAGGCCGCCGUGCAGGCGCUCUACAACGGCCUUAUGGAGCUCCAUCAGGACCUGGCCCUCAGGAUAGGGCUGUGUGUCUGCAGGCCGGGCGAAGGCCUCAACGCGACAGACUGCGUGCGCUCGCAGCGUCGUCUGCACCCGCACUGCGCCGAGCAGACCGACGCGCUGUCUGUCAGCCAGUGUCACCGCAUCGGCAGAGUCUGCAGGAACGACAAGGUCUGCAGAAUACUCUGGGCCAACCCAUGCGUGGUGGAGAGCCAGCUGACAUACCACCUGGACCAGCUGGGUGCUGGUGUAGAGCUGAUAUCGACCAGGCUGGAGGCUGCUGGGCACUACGACCCAGACCACCCGAGCAUCCCCAGGGUGGAACUGCCCAGCAUUUUUGGGGAGGACCCUGAGGCGACGAAUGCUUCCCCGUCAGAGAGUCCUCUGGAUCCUAUAGAUCCCGCGCCCCAACUCCCCAGACAAACUGGUAUUGAGUUCCAUCCCCCCCGGUUCGUCCAAGUGGACCACGCACCAGGUUUGGUCCACGGCCCCGAUAUGCGGUUCGAUUCUACCCACACCCGCGGUUUCGACCGCAGCUUCGACCGGAACCUUGGAGGCGACGACGAUUCGAUCGGUAGAGUAAAAUACAUCGACACUACCAACGACCGAAAAGUCAUCGUGCCGACCAACCUGGGCGGACCAGAGAGAAAAUAUGACCGCUUAGGCAGCGUGUUCGGCAGCCGCAAUAACCGAAUACAAGCCAGGAAGGUGGACGCUGGAACUCUAGGCAUGGGCAACGAAAUUGCUGGUGAAAAUACCGAAGGUGUCCAAAAAUCUGGUAUGUGGGGCCAAGUGGUAUCAACCCAGUACCCUGGAACUCAGUCAUACCCACCCUCGGAUGAAACAACAACCAUACCUACCACCAUCGUCUCCACCACACGGCAGCCUACCACCACUUUGCCUGAAAAAUAUUGCCAAGUGGAUCGUGAUUCUAGAAGCCACAUCCUUGAAGAAGGCAAAAGCAUCAGGCUGUACCCGGACGGCAACAAGGACUGCUCAGAGCUCUGCUCCUGCGACUACGGACUCAAGACGCUCUGCACGGUUUUGAAGUGCGUAGAGGAGCGGCCCUGCGAGGCCAAGUUCGCGCUGUUCCACCACAACGCGCCGGCCUUCCAAGCCUACCGCGGCCGCUGCGUCUGCUACUCCGGCGACUUCAUUUGCAUGCGGCCUCCGCCGGAGGAGUACUCGCUGCCCCCGGGGCUGUUCCUGCUGCUGGGGUUCAGCCGGGAGGAGGAGGCGCUGCUCAGGAACGUCACGCAGGAGGGCGCCAUCGAUGCCCUGCAGGACCUCAGGGAGCUCCUGCGCACCACCUCCCGAGCCAUGGGCGAUGAGUGUUUCCUGGAACUGUACGCGAACACGUCGGACAACCUGGUGCUGCAGGUGCGACACCUGCGACUGUACUCUCGUAACCCCCCCAACGAGACCUACACGCUGCUCAUGCUGCAGCAAGAACGGAAAAAAUGCGAGCCGCCAGCCUCGGCCAUCGCGAGGCAAAUAAACGACAGAGACGAGGACAUUCACCACCACGUCGGUCUGUCUCUCUUCGUCUUGGCCGAGGUGACAGACAACGUACCUAACGCCAUCAGGUCUACAGCCUCACACGUCACCUCUCACGUGCAACACUCAACACUUCGAUUUGUCAGGUACUUGGGCAGGUCCCUGGAGGCUCAAGGAACUAAAACCUCCGCUAAAGCAUUAACUGUGAAAGCCUCGAACUUCUGGCCUCCGUGCUGGAUCCUUUGA